CAAAGAUCUUUUCUUUUAUCAUCAUAGACUCAAAAAGAGUGUAGUAGCUUCGUCUGCUUCUUCUCAGAUUUUUUUCCUUACACUCUCUCAAAAGAUGAAUUGCCUUCAGAAUCUUCCCAGAUGUUCUGUCUCACCUCUGCUGGGAUUUGGGUGCAAUCAAAGAGAUCUUUCUCCGUCUUCUUUGAAGAUGAUGGUACCAUUUCCGACCAAAGCCAAUGAUCCUAAAUCUCGGCUCUUUUUACAGAAAAUGUUGAAACUUGUGAAAAUGCUUGGACUGAAGGCGGUAUCAGAGUCAAAAUCCAGCUCAGAGAUGAGUGGUGUUUCAAAGGAGGAGGAAGAGAAAUCUGAUGAAUAUAGCCAAGACAUGACUCAAGCUAUGGGUGCUGUUUUAACUUACAGGCAUGAGCUUGGAAUGAACUACAAUUUCAUUCGUCCAGAUUUAAUUGUUGGAUCGUGCUUACAGACCCCUGAAGAUGUUGACAAGCUUCGUAAAAUUGGGGUCAAAACCAUAUUUUGCUUGCAACAAGAUCCAGACUUGGAAUAUUUUGGCGUAGACAUAAGCAGCAUUCAAGCAUAUGCUAAGAAAUAUAGUGACAUUGAGCAUAUUCGCUGUGAAAUCAGAGACUUUGAUGCAUUUGAUUUGAGAAUGCGUCUUCCUGCCGUGGUUAGUAUACUAUACAAAGCUGUUAAGCGAAAUGGAGGAGUUACAUAUGUGCACUGCACCGCUGGAAUGGGAAGGGCUCCUGCAGUUGCGUUGACAUACAUGUUUUGGGUGCAAGGCUAUAAACUUAUGGAAGCUCAUAAAUUACUCAUGAGCAAAAGGUCGUGCUUUCCGAAGCUGGAUGCUAUCAGAAAUGCAACAAUUGAUAUUCUCACAGGACUCAAGAGGAAGACUGUUACUCUGACACUGAAAGAUAAGGGGUUCUCCUUGGUAGAAAUUUCUGGCCUUGACAUUGGAUGGGGACAGAGGCUACCUCUAACACUGGACAAAGGAACAGGAUUCUGGACCCUAAAGAGAGAACUGCCUGAAGGACAGUUUGAAUAUAAAUACAUUAUAGAUGGUGAGUGGACACACAAUGAGGCUGAACCGUUUAUAGGACCUAACAAAGACGGCCAUACCAACAAUUACGCAAAAGUAGUGGAUGAUCCAACAAGUGUGGAUGGUGCAACUCGGGAGAGACUAUCGUGCGAAGACCCUGAGCUGUUUGAGGAAGAACGGUCAAAACUAAUCCAGUUCUUGGAGACUUGUUCUGAGGCUUGAGAGUUAAAGAGCAUCCGACUAGACUAUGUGAAUGUACAACUUACUAGUAACACACACAAUAAAAUGCUUCGUGUAACAUACAGUAAUGUUUUAAGCAGCAAAAAAAAGCAUGAAGUUAGUUGAAUUA